GCCCGCAGCAGGAGGAGGUCGGCGGCGGUCCCCAGGCGGCUCCCCGGUGCCCCUCGCCGCGCGCGCGGCCCACCAUGUCCUUUGCCAUGCUGCGCUCGGCCCCCAGCCGGUACCUGUACCCCGAGAUCAGCAUGCUGUCGGAGGACGAGGAGAACGGCAGCGAGAGCUCCGGCUCCGACGAGAAGCCCUACCACCUGGACGCCGACGGCUACGGCCUCAAGGCCGGCAAGCGGAGGAGCGGCAAGAAGCCCAACCGGAUCAGCAGGGAGCCCCGGCAGCGGCACACGGCCAACGCGCGGGAGCGUGACCGCACCAACAGCGUCAACACCGCCUUCACCGCCCUCCGCACGCUCAUCCCCACCGAGCCGGCCGACAGGAAGCUCUCCAAGAUCGAGACCUUGAGACUGGCCUCCAGCUACAUCUCCCACCUGGGGAACGUGCUGCUGGUGGGGGAGGCGUGCGGGGACGGGCAGCCCUGCCACACCACCCCGGCCUUCUACCACCACGGCGGCAGCAGCCCCCCCGCGCGCGACACCGAGAACUCCCAGCCCAAACAGAUCUGCACUUUCUGCCUCAGCAACCAGAGGAAGCUGAGUAAAGACCGAGACAGGAAGACGGCGAUUCGGAGCUAGAUGAUCCCACUCUUCAGGAAGGACGACACGGAGGAGCAGAAGGAGGAAGGAUGGAAAAGCCACACACACAAAACCACAGCCACGGACACUCCCGCCUUCACCCUGCUGCUGGGGACAGCCGCACGG